UUCCAUUCCAUCUGAAACGCUCCUUUCUAGCUUUCUUCUUCUUUACUUUUCUCAUUCACAAGCCUUUAUGAGUUCACCCACCUGUGUAUCAACUGUAACUUCUAUCCAUCUUUGCUACAAUCUGAAAAUCGAGAAGCCAAAGCAACAUAUUAAGUGAUUUCGGCAUCAAUGUAUUUUUCCGUCCCUUAUGCUUGCACAGAGAAUGAUAACUCAGAUCGGGGAUUCUUUGAACUUUUUUGCCUGUUAGGUUCUCUCUAUCACGCUGCACAUCAGUUUGCUUCUCUUAUUUUGGUUUUCUCGGUUUUUAUUUUGGUUGUUGUAUCGCGAUUCUACCAGCCCCCCACCCUACCUGCACUGAUUUCGGAUUUGAAUGCGAAGAUGGAGGCCAUGAUUACCAUUUUGGAAGGUGGAACCCAAGAUCAUGUGCAUCACAAAUGGAAAGAAGAUCUCAUAGAGAUGCUUGAAGAACUUGGCCAAUCUUACCGUGUUUUAUUCAUCUCAUAUAAUCAACUGAAGUCUAAAACAUCCAGCAAUGUGGUGUUAAUUGGACCAAAGAAAGCUGGAUCCAACAAGUGUGGUUCAUUUUCAAGUUAUACAUGCUUCUUAGCAUGGUGAAGCACUGACACAUUGGAGAGAAUUGCAGACAACUCCUCGGAACUGAAUGGGAAACCACAUUUAGUGUAGCUCAUUGUCUCUGUUUCUUGCAACUAAACUGUACUUCUGUGGCAGGCAAUGUUAUUUCUCAAAAUUAUAUUAUGGGAUAUAGAAGGGAAUGUCACAUGCAUGUUGGAGCUGUUGAACUUGAACCUGAUAGAGAUUCAUCCAUACGAUCAACUUUAUUACUAAAGAAGUAGUUUUAUUUGUUUAGUUUCAGCUCUUGCCUACAGGGCUUUGUAUCCCCAACUUGGCCUCUUAUUUAUGGAUUUGUGGAGCGAUUUACUGCAGGGCUUUUCAUGUCUUCUUUUA